AUGGCUCCUGAUAGUUCGACCCGACAUAAGAAUGUUUUUAUCACGGGCGGAUCUCAAGGUUUAGGGCAAGAGUUGGCCCAGAUGCUUGCCUCGAAAGGCGCUCACGUUACAAUAUUUGCUAGGAGGAAAGAGCGACUGAAUAUUGCACAAAGCGACAUAAUUGCUCAACGACUGCAUCCAAAUCAAGAGAUCAACGCAGUAUCACUUGACCUUCGCGAUCCAGCUGCGGUCGCUUCGGUCUUUGCAUCACAGCCACAGAUCCCGGAUACUUUGAUCUGUGCAGCAGGAUGCAACGUGGAACUUGGGUUCCUCGCUGACCUCAAUGCCAAAGACUUGGAGACCUGCAUGGAAAGUAAUUACUUCACCGCCGCAUACGCAGCCCAAGCCUUGCUGAAGAUUUGGAUCAAUGACGACAAGAAUAAAGAAUCUGUUCCCAAGUCUCCAAACGAGCCUGCGAGACACCGACAGAUUAUUUUCAUAAACAGUGCUGCAGCGUUUGCGGCAGUGCCGGGCUACAUUGCGUACAACCCAGCCCGCGCCGCACUCCGAGCGCUUGCGGACACUCUUAGAAUGGAGAUAAUGCGCUAUUCGUCUACGAAGAGUACGUACACCGUUCACUGCGCGUUCCCUUCGAACUUCAUGUCGCCCCAGUUCCUGGCCGAACAGAGCCUGAAGCCCGCUUUGACCAAGCAGAUUGAGGGAACGACUGCAUCCAUUGAUGAGCUCGCGAAAAAGGUUCCUACUGCCAGGAAAGUAGCAGAAGGAAUCAUUCAAGGUACAGAAAGAGGUGAUUUCGCGCUGUGCAAUGAUUCGCUGGAAGCAAGUUUUCUCUUCGCUAAUAUGAUUGGCCCAUCUCCUAAACGAGGUUUCGGACUGGUAACGUCGUCCGGCAUGGACCGAAUAAAUUGGUUUUCAACUCGGCCACCGCGCUUCAAGGUACGCCCCUACGAUCGCGACUAUGAGAAUAGGAUUGACGUGACAGAUAUCUACCGAAACGAAGCCUUCGGGAAAUCAAAGGCCUAUCUAAUGACUCAAUCAAAACCGGACGUCCACAGUGUCUUCAGUGCCCUGGACAAGCGCAUCCAUCGUUCCAGGAGGAAGAUAGUCAGCACCGGUCUUUCAGAGAAGAGUAUCCGUCGCUUUGAGCCCACAAUGACUUCCCAGAUCGAAAUCUACCUAGAUAAUCUUAAAAAGGCUGCUCAAUCUUGUCAGCCGGUAAACAUGACCGUUGCUUGCAAGUACCUAGCCCUUGACAUUUCAUCACUUUUCGGUUUUGGCUCCUCUCUGAAGCUACAGACCAACGAUCGAAAUCGCUUCAUCGCCGAGGGAAUGGAAGCCGGUAUGUAUCGCACGAAUAUCCAUAUGCAAUACCCAUUGUCGAAAUAUCUCGGCGUUGAUGCGUUCCUUCUUCCAUUCCUUUUCUCCAUCAAAGAGAGAUAUAAGACAGCGUUGAGGGCUAUGAUCGCGGACCGCUUGACUGUUAGCAAGGACGCCCGAGAGGACCUCUUCUCCUUCAUCACAGGCAUUAAGGACCCAGAGACCGGGGACGAGAUAAGCCAAAACGAUCUCUUCGCAGAAGCAGAAUUCUUCCUUCCUGCCGGUGGACAGACUACCUCUUCGGCUAUCGCUGCGCUAUUCUUCUACCUUGCUCAGAACCCGGAGUGCGCUUCUCGGCUCAUCGACGAGAUUCGCUCAACUUUUACGCGCGGUGAUCAGAUCGAGCACAAUGAGCUAUCUACUUGCACAUAUCUCCGAGCCUGCAUUGACGAAGCGUUACGAAUGUCUCCUCCAGCACCUGGAACCCUGUGGAGGGAAAUAUCUGAGGACUCUCAAGAAUCUGUUGUUGUGGAUGGCCAUGUGAUACCCAGCGGCACUGUGGUGGGUAUCAAUAUCUAUGCGAUACACCACAACGAAGAAUACUUUCCCAAUCCGUCCAAGUUCAGGCCUGAACGCUUCCUACCAAGAAGCGAGACAGCAACAGUGAGUGGAGCGAACAAAACUCAGCAGCUUGCUUUCUCGCCUUUUUCGAUUGGUACACGUGGAUGUAUUGGUAAAGCGUUGGCCUACAUGGAGAUUAGCCUUGUGGUUGCGAAGACCCUAUGGUACUUUGAUUUCGAAGAACACCCUGAUCAUGGAACACAAACGCACAUGAGCCCCGAUCCUGCACAAAAAGAGUUCAAAAUCCGCGAUCAGCUCAUUGCCACACAUGAUGGUCCGUACUUGGUGUUUCGACCCUCCGGAAAGCUGUGA